AUGUACCUCUGCGACCGAAUCGACAUUCUCGCUACAACUGGAAGUCACAUUAUCAAGCGCUGCCUCUACGAGUGGAAUAGCCCGCGUUACUCCCGGUGUUGGGGCGUGUCACAGACCCACAAAGGGGCCCUUGAGGCUGGGAGGCUCGACACGUCUGAACAGCAAGGCUUUUGGAUUCCUUCAAAUUCGAUCCUCACCUCGGUAUAUCUCAAGGAAAUGGUCUGGCCUGCCUCUUUCUUGUCGUCCUAUCUCGAAAGCAAACAACUUUUCCACAACUUGCUCGCCUUGAUCAUCCCAAGCCAGUUCUCGUACCCCCAUGAAGGCAUACUGUGCAGUCGAUCAAGACAGAAGUCCUCAAAUCGUCUGAUCAAAACUAGGGCUGGCGUCAUCUGGUCACAGCCUUUUAAACUCUCCCCUCUUCCUUUCUCCCUCUUCUUUUCUUUUUCUCUUGAUUCAUAUUUCACCAACACAAACCUCCCCCGACCUGCCCUAGGGGGGCAGCCUCCCAUGGCUGAAGCCAAAGCACCCGCGAGGGAAAGGCCACAGCCUCAAGAUUACCAUGGCUUGACAAGAAUCUUCCCUACACCGAACCCCAACGCCGUACGGCGUCCCGUCGGUACCCAUCAGGCCCGUGACUGGGACCACCGACGGGGACGCUACAAUGGUCCCUCCUGUAGCCACAAAAGCAUACCAGUAGGUUCAUGUCAUAUGUCAUCUCACUUCUUGAUCGUCAGCUCACAUGUUCCAGUUGGGAUUCUGGAGGUGCAGCAACAGAGGAAACCGCUCGCUGGAGUUCGUCAACGACCUUGUCAUCGGCCGCCGACUCCCUCGCAACGAGUCCAAUCUCGUGACUGCGUCAACGGCUCCAAGUGCUACAACUGCGGCGACUCUCCUCGCCUCACCCUCGGUGGGAUCAGUCUUCGCCCUACUUGCGUAGUACACCUCGACCGUCGCAGCAGGGGCUACCUUCAUCCGCGGGACGUCAUCGGUCGCCUUGUCAUCAGCAACUUGAGCCGACACGGGUUCAUCGGCAACUCGAGCAUGGGUUCUCAUCGUCCCUCUCCGAACAAGCGCGCUCUCUACGUUGGCGGCCUUGACCCUAGGGUCGUCAUCGAGGACGUCUUGAGACAGAUUUUCGAGACUACUGGCCAUGUCCAGAACGUCAAAAUUAUUCCCGACAUUGUCGGCGGUGCCCCCCGCUCCGAUCCGGGGGGAGAACGGCGCAGCCCUGAGCACACCAAUGUGCACGUCCUUGUCCACACCUGUAAGAGGGAGCCGGAGGCUCUGCUGAGAGAGCGCGAACUUAACGGUUCCAGCAGCGUUUGCUCCUGA